CCUCGGCAAUCAUAGUUAUACACAAUUACUUACAGAUCUCAGAGGAUCGUAACAAUGGUUAUCUUUUCAUCUCCAUCUCCAUCUCCGUCUCCCACCUUGGUAAGCAACCUCACCAAAUCAACCACCUCACUCCACUUCAAGAAGCUUCCUUUACUACUCCCCUCACCACCACCAUCACUACGGGUUCCACUUCUACGCUCCGGAGAUGAUGAACGACCCUCUCGAUCUUCCCGUCUCUUAGAAGUUUGCAGAGCCAGUCAAGCGGUUGAAUUGUUUCCGACGGUCUGUCCCGAGAUCGUUGUUCGGGAGGCGCGGUUGGAGGAUUAUUGGGAAGUGGCCGAGACUCACUGUAGCUCCUUCUUCCCUGAAUACUCUUUCCCUUUAGAUUUGACCCUUAGAAUUGACCGAUUGGUGGCCAUGCUAUCGGGAUUCUCUGUACCCACUGGCUGUAGAAGGACAUGUCUUGUUGCCGUUACUGGUGGCUGCGUUGAUUAUAACUUCUUCGGUGCGGAAUACUUCAAAGUUGGAAGCUUCAUUGGGAAAUUCAGCUUUAAUAAGGGAUAUGUCACUGGGAUAUUGACAAUAGACACUGUAGCUGACUUCCUUCCGCGCAGAGGACCCCUUCGCCAGAGAAGGACUGGCAUUGCAUACAUAUCAAAUGUUGCAGUUCGGGAGAGGGAUCGGCGAAAGGGGAUAGCUAAGAGGCUUAUAGCAGCAGCAGAUGCACAAGCAAGAAGCUGGGGUUGUCGUGCCAUAGCAUUGCACUGCGAUGUGAAUAACCCUGCUGCCACACAAUUGUACAAAGGCCAGGGUUUCAAAUGUAUCAAGGUGCCAGAAAGAGCAAAGUGGCCCCAACCCAAGACCUCACCGGAUAUCCAGUUCACUUUAAUGAUGAAGCUACUAACCACCCCAACACCCACUUGAUUCAUUUGUGCAGGAAUUUAAAUAUAAAAACAAAAAGAUUAUUUUGAAUUAGAUUGUGUAGAUUCCUAUAUGUAUCAAGGAACUAGUACAUAUAAUGCUGUUGUAAACUAAUGUAAAAAAGAUCAUAUGCUGUACAAUUUAAAGUCUUCGUUUGGGUACUUUAAUUUUUGUCUUGUAUUUCAGAUUCUGUAAUCUCAUCACUGAUAUCCCUGGUUUUCCUUCUCUCCCACA